AUAUGCGAUGAGGACACUUGAUUCCGAUUUCCGAUUCCAAUUUUCAUAAUUUUUUACAGCUCACUCCUGUGUUGUGAAUUGAGUGUAGUUGUGGUGUUAGUGAUAUUUAUAAACGGUUUAAAUCAUUCAUCAAUUUUAACACCGAAAUUGUUAAUUAGAGUAAGAAUAAAGUGAUCGAUUUUGCACACCUUAUGUCAUAAAAAACAAAAAUAAACCUAUUUCGUGACAGGUUGCCUUUUGUUGAUAAACAGUGAACGGUGCAAAAAAGAAAAAUUGGCACAGGUUUUAAAAAAGUUGUCAAUUUGUGAUUUUGGUUCAACAAAACUGUGAGCGCCGUCAUCUGAGAACGCAAUGGCUGGACCAUGGAUCUAGCCGAGGCCGUGGACGACCUGAUUUGUGCGCUGGACGGUUCCGGAGACACCACCAUGGACACCCUCGCUAUGUUCCUGUUCGGCUGGAUCCUGGUCGCGUUGUUCGUGCUCUGGCUCGGACGGUUCCUCUACGAACGCUUCGUCGUGGCCAGGUCCAAGCAGAAGGCUUCAUCCACCACAGCAUUGACCAAUACUACUUCCGGUGCUGUUUUGGCCGGGUCCAGUGAUGUGCUGGACGCGGCCAAAAAGCAGCAGCCGGUCAUCGCACCCAAGGCCGCGGGGGCUUUCGUGCCCCCCACCCCGCCAGUUCGCAGGCGCCUGACGCGCCAGAGUCCAGCGCCUGAGGCCAGGAAGGCCCGCUACGUGCCCGCGCCCCAGGCCACUGGGCCGGACAACGUGGUUGUCCUGUGGGUCAACGACGUGUUCCAGUGGUUGUACAACGAUCUGGUCAUUGUCAAUGAGUUGCUGCAGGUGUGGAUACACUCGCUGAACGACUACACCAAGAAGUCCGUCACUGAGCAAGGAAUUGGUGUUGAAUUGGUGAGGAUUUUGCCAGAAACUCAUCCCCCAACAUUAACAAACAUCUUUGUGGAAGCCGAUUCGAAAGACGAUGUGUCCAUUACUUGUGAUUGCGAUGCGACACCGGCAUUUCAGCUUAAGUCUUUUCGCCAAAAAGGGGAAAAAGUCGACACUUCCCACUAUCGAGUGGACUUGAAUAGAUUCAGAGCUCGCCUCAACAUUUAUUGCGUCUCUGAAAAGCUUCAGGCCAAUAUCAAAUGCGACGGAUGGCCCGAAAUCAAGGUGGCGCUGGCUCCCGUCGGCAAUAUCAAGAACAACCUAGAUGAGACGCAGCUACAAGAAGUUAUAACUGAAAUAGUGACCACUGCUUUAAGGAACACUGAAGUGAAUCUCAACUUGGCCCAGUACCCCACAUGCCCAAGACUAAUUCGUCAUAUCGAAACACCAGGUCGUAUGCUUCCUUUGCAUUAUGACAGCAUGCAAGGUAAUGCUUACUCAUCAACGCCUAAUCAUUCUCCGCUGAACGCGGUCCAACUUCAAGGAGAGAAACGACUUUUAGUAAAAGUGAUAAGAGCCGCCCAAUUGGGCGGCACCCAAGGCUGUGUAGAACCAUUCUGCGUCAUAGAGAUGGACGAACCCUCUCAGAAGAACCAAACUUCGGUGCAGAAGAACACCGACUCACCUUACUGGGACGAACAUUUCUUAUUUGACUUAUCUCCUCAUACGGCGGAACUACUGUUCGAAGUAUACGAUCACGCUGUGAGGCCGCAUCGAUUCCUAGGAUUAGGUAUAGUAGGCGUAGAGGAACUAUUAAUCAAUCCGUCGCAAAGGCAGAUCAUAUCUUUGCAAAGCAGACCGUACGAAAGCGAUCCCGUUACAGGAACGCUAACAGUUGAGUUCCUUUUCAUCGAGGGUGCCGAUAUACCGAAUGUCGGUAGUAAUCAGCCCUUUAAAAUUAAGGAAACAAUCAGGACACCCUCACCUAGUCGCGCGAGGCUUUCUACCACCACUACCACUUACCUUAACGGUAAUCAGUAUACAAAUAAUCUGACGAAUGGAAACCACGUACUAAAUUCAGCACUGACAGAUUUAGAAAGAAACAGACAGUUUGGCAGUCCAAACAAAAGUACAUUAGUUAUUCACAGCGUUCAAAGGCAGCCAUCACAAAGAUUUGUAAAGCUGGAAUUGGAAAAUGGGGAUUGGAAAGAAGUAGAAAGGCUGGAGAUAAAUCCAAGCCAAAAUCUUAUCGAUGCCGAAAAGCAAAACGUUGAAGUGAAAGUAGACGGUGACAAACUUAAAGAGAAGCUAACUGAAUUACAUGCAAAUGGAAACAGUUCUAAGACAGAGGGAAUACAGGAAAACGGAGUACCAGUAACAGCGGAAACAAAUGGUGGUGCAAACGGUGAUACUUCAACUAAAGAGAACGUUAGUGAUUUAGAGUCGUCGGGAAAGGCAGGUGAUUUCUCAGCUACUACUACUCUUCAAUCCCAGUCUACUUCAGACUACGAAUACAGAGGGCGCCCUAGAAAACGCCGAGAUUUCUUUGGUACAAUCAAGAGGCGAUUGGGCAAAUCGAAGAACAGAUCGAAAUCGGCAGGUCCAGAAAAUGACAUCGGUAGAGAUGACAGCUUAAACCGAUCAGUGUCAGCUGACAGAGGAAGAAACGAUCAUUAUCUUAAUCCACCUGGUCGCGAAGAAAAUUCAAGACGGUCCAGUCUGUCCGAAGCUUCUGGUUUAAGUAGCGCAUCUACCCGUACCUACAUCAACGAAGCCAGCACGUUGGUGUUAGAAACAAUCGAAAACGGAAUCAAGAAACACUACCUCGUGCCAUUGUCUUUAGCGCAGAAAUCCAAAUGGAAAAAGAAAGGCGUGAAAUUGCAUAUAUUCAAUGACCAUACGUUUGUAGCGAAGCAUUUGCAAGGUGGCACCAUAUGUCAAGUAUGUGCAAAAAGUAUAGCGAGGAGGUUUGGCAAGCAGGGCUACGAAUGUCGCGAUUGUUUCUUAAAAUGUCACAAGCACUGCCAUGUGAAAGUUAAUGAUAAUUGUCCCACAUCCACUAUUCACAACAUUGAACUAUCUAUGCUUCCUGUGUUAAGCGAGUAAGAGGAUCUUACAUUCAGAAUCCCUAUACGGAUAAGAAUUUGUCAUUAUUAUAAAGAAAACUCGGCGUUACCAGAUCCAUUUUUUACUUGAACGGGUAGUUUAGUGUCAAGUCUAGUUUUUUGACUCAAGGUUGACGUUUAGUUUAUUUUUCGAUUUUCGUUAUGGCGAUGUUUAGUCUAAAUAUUACUUAAUCUGAAGUCGAUAAACUAGGCUUUUUAGGAUAAGUUCUGUUAUGCACAAAAAUUUUAAAGCUUUACUUCUUAAAAAUACUGUGGUUGUUUUAUUUUGCUUUAUUGUUUUUAUAUAUAAUUUAUAUUUUUUAUUUUAUUAAUUUAUUUGUAAAUACUUGCUAAGAUUAACACGAUCUGAAGAAAUUGUCUAUUUUAACUACUUAAAACUUUAUACUAAAUUAAAACAUUGUAAAAUGUUUUAACAGGAUAAUAAUCGAACUCAUAAUUUUUUUUAAGUGCCUGAGGAAUCUCAAUAUUUUAGGUGUUUUUGUUUCUCGCAAGUGGUGUUAGCGAUAAGAAAAUUUUAAAGAAAAUUGUUGUCAAGAUCAAAGAGUAAUAAAAUAAUGGAAGUACA